UCACAAGUUUCAGUUAAAUCUAAAAAUUUCUCAAUAUAUUAUUUUUGAUCCGAUUGACAUCAUCAAAAUCUAUGGACCUAAUUUAUAAUGAUAAUUUACAAUAAAUUAUAUUCAAUAGAAUAUAAUUUAUUGUCAGUUAGACUAGUGAGAAAGUAAAUUAAAAAAAAAAAAUAUAUAUAUAUAUAUAUAAGAUUUUUCUUAGCAAAAAUGAGAGGAAAUGGUGCAAGUUCAUAAUACGAAGCUUUGGGGGAGUUUAAUACGGAUGGAGGCUAAUGAUGUAUAUUAUAUGAUAGACUGGAGUCAAGGAUUAGCAAACAAGAAACCGAACGGCCGGUUCUCUUCUCCAGCGCUCACGUUUCAUGCUUACUUCUAACUACAAGAUCAAGCUUAUGGAGUAUCCUAUCCACAGUGGAUGCUGAAUUUUUUUUUUGGGGAUGCUGAAGCUAAUAUUAAUUUUGUUUGUGUAAAUCAAUUCAAUAUAUGAGUAUAUGCAAAACCAUUCAGAUAAAACUAUGGGAUGGUAAGUUCUAGUCUUGAUUUUACAGAAAACUUAAAACCUCAUUAAUGAUAUUAAUGUAAGGUGGUUCUUAGGUUGAGUUUCAUGUUCGACUAUCAGAAUUCACAAUCUAUAGAUAGAAUUUUUGAAUGACCUUGAUACUUACUUAUGUUUAAUAUUUUAAACAAACUCCAACAAAAAUUAAAAGGUCAAUGUUUUAUAUUUACUUUCAAAACGGAGCCGCAUCUUAAUUAUCUUAUAUCUGGUUUACAUUAUGUAUAUAAAAUUUUCGGAUUAAAUUUAUUACUUUUUUGUAUUAAAUAUAGUUUCGAGGUUGUUAAAUUCUGUACCUCUUGUCCAGUCAAAUUUUAAGUCUCUACUAACUCAACAGUAAUUUACUACGAUCAUGUAGCUAUGUUAUUGUGAUGAAUGAUGGAUUGCAAAAUUAGACCAUAGGAGCAAUAAAAGGGGGGUUGUUAUAGGCUCACUAUUAGAGAAGUGACGGUGAGUUAAGUGACUGAAUGCUUCGUGUGACAGUGGUCAUAGAGUAUGUGCAUCAUGCCAUGUGUCUAGCUCUUAUGACGUGGGUUGUUUUGUUUACUGAUAUGAAAAGCAAGCCACGUACAAUCGGUUUCCCUUCGAUUCUGUUUGGUCUCUUUGACUGCAAUUUCUCAAAGCCAAAAUUCCUCAUUCGCCGCAUGCAAGCGCGUGCUGUUCAGUUUUCAGUUUUUUCUUUUUUGAAAAUUUUACAGUGUUUACUUUUAAGUUUUAAAAGAUCUUUUUUUUUUAAAGAUAUUGGUUAUGAAUGUAUUAUAUUGAACAUGAUUGUUGGUUUCCUGGAGAUUAAUUUGGCUAGUAAGUAUGUAUAUGUGCACAUAUGUAAUCGGUUUUGAGCUAGUCCUCGCGUCCCUCCCGAGUACAAUUACAAUAAAAAAAUUAGGUAUCCACAUGUUUGUUUUACUUCAUAUUUAAUUUAUUUGGGAUCCAAAACCCUCAUUUGUAGAAUCGCUUACGGCUUUGCAGAUUUGUUGGUUACAUCAUCGGCUAUUCGUUUGAAAAUUAGUCUUCUAAAUAAUUUUUAUAAACUAUCAAACGUUUAAAAUUUCUUUAUAUAAAAUAAAUAGAAAUACCGAAAAGAGGAUCGAGAGUGAAUUAAUACUGUCGGGUAAACAGAAACAGGAAAAAAGAAGAGACAAUAAAGAAGGUCAAGAGGUUGGGUUUUCAAAUCUCUGUGCACGUACGUAUACUAUGAUGUGAUUGUGAUAGUGGAGAAUGGAAAAGAGGGAAAUAAUUACUAAAAUGUCUUGUCUAACUUACAAAAGCUAUACUUACUGAUAGUGACAUAUGGUUUUGUGUUUGUGUGUGUUUCAGUGUCAAACGUUUUCUCGUAGUCCGGUUUAUCUAAGGGUUCGAAUGGUAAAAGCAGUUCAAGCGGUGCAGAUCAAGCAGAACAUGCAGAUCAAGCAGAUUAAGAGCAGAUCAUGCAGAUCAAGCAGAUCAUGUGGGAGAAAGACAGAACAACGGUUGAAUUGGUCCAACCAUAUUUUAAAUUUAAAUUUUACAUUAAAUUAAUUAAUUAUAUAUAUAUAUAUAUAAGUACAGCUACAAAAUUAUUCUCAUGCAAUUUUAUCAUUGUUAGAAUCUAAAAUGAUAUCAAAAUAAAAUGAUAUAAAAUAUGACAAACUCAAUUUAUUUAAAUGGUUAUUAGAAAACGUAUGAAAUUUUUAUGAUUUUUAUAAAAUUAUAAUUUUUAACUUAAUUAAAAACCAGCUUUUAAUAUCGAAUCAGAUCACGAUUUUAGCAUGUUUGACCGGUUUUUGAUUUGGAUUUACCGGUAUAACUCAAAUCCGGUUUUUAACACAACCAGAAACAAGUCGAAAAAAUAAGUCACGGUCUGACCAGUUUGAUCUACCGUCUCUGGUCCGAUUUUGAAAACAUUAAUUACAAUUUAUAAUGAUAAAAGCAAUUUAAAAAUAUAUUAUAUAUUUAAAUAAUAAAAAUAACAAUAAUAUACAUAAUAUACAAAUACAAUACGUAAAUAACAAUAAAUAUUUCACUAAAGUUAUGUUACUAAAAUUUAAAAUUAAAAAAAUGAAAAUAUUAGUAAUUAACCAAAUAUUUCUAUUUUCUAUUAAAAAAACAUCUCAUUGUCUACUUAUCUCUCUUUUUAUAUGAUAUGUGAAUUUUUAAUUAUGUAAAUAUAUAAUAUUGUAGUUUAAAUAUGGUUAGUAUUAAAUAUAAAAGAUUAUAGAAGAUUAUUAAAUAUAUUAAUAAUUUGUAAUAAAAUCAUUUAUUGGUCAAAAAAGAAAAAAAGUGGGAGAACAUCACCAAAUAGUAGUAGACAGAACUGCAUGUGGGAGAUCUGCUUUUUCACAGAAAAAGACAAAAAAUUCUGAACUGCUUGCUGUUCUCCUGCCAAAUAAAUUUUAAAAACAGAAAAUGGUGAAUGGGUGAUUCAAGUGCAGUUCUCCUGCAACAGCAGAUGAUCUGCCUUUCUCCUGCCUCCCAUUCAUAACCUAAAUCAACGCUCAUGAUGGUACGCUCUUAUGAAUAUAGGAUUAUGGUCAGAAUUAGACAUUUCAAGAUAUUUCUUUCCUACAAUUCAUUGUGGGAAUAUAUAUACAUGUAUACACUCAAAUCCGUAAAUAAAGGAAGAAAUGGAGAGAAGUAGAGGUGUGACAGGGGAUGUGAAAGCGUGAAAAGAAAUGUGCAUGGGGAGGGGCCGCUAGGGCUUAAGUUUAUGUAAUUUAAAAAUGCAAAUUAGGGCUUUAAAGCUAUGCACAUUUGAGCUAUGAGUCCAAUCGAUCACACGUGGUAUGUGCAUUCUGAUGUUGAUUUUCAUCACUGCGUAUAUAUAUCAUUCAAGUAAACUUGUGGUUUGUCUUAGACCGCGUUUGUUUGGUUUAACUUUUAAUGACACUAAAUAUCUUGAACAUAUUACAAGAAGAUCAUUAAUAACAUUGAAUUUUGGAAUCCAUAUUAAUUGGUCAUACGAAGAUAUAUUAGAAUUAUAUGCAUGAGUAGUAUUCACGUAAAGACGCAUAAAAAUGAAUAAAUAAGCGGCUGAUCAUUCAAUAGUGUUCACAAAAUUACAUUGUCAGUCCGAAUAAAAUUUUAAUUUAUCUAUAUAAAAUGACGAUAUUAGUUCAUCGACUUAGAUAUGUAAGUAAACAACCCAUCUCUUUCUUUUCUCUCUGUCUCUCUUUCUACUCGAAGAUGAUGACAACGAAUUUGAACGGCGGAGGAAGAGGUGGAGGAGGAGAAGGACCGUGCGGGGCGUGCAAGUUCUUGAGGAGGAAGUGUGUUCGAGGAUGCGUUUUCGCUCCUUAUUUCGAUGCAGAGCAAGGGACUGCUAGUUUUGCAGCGAUUCACAAAGUGUUUGGAGCAAGCAAUACCUCGAAGAUGUUACUGAGAUUGCCUUUGCACAAGCGGCUCGAUGCAGUGGCCACGCUCGGUUACGAGGCUUUGGCUAGGGUCCGUGAUCCUGUUUACGGCUGCGUUGGCCAUCUCUUCUCUCUUCAACACCAGGUGAUGAAUCUACAAGCUGAGAUUGCUCAUGUUCAAGCUCGUCUUUCAAUGUUUCAGCGUUUUUAUUUAGUCCCACCACAACAAAUGCAGCAGCCACCUUUCGAUCUAGCGUAUAACAAUGAAUAUCCCAUGGAACCAACUAACUUGGAUGUUGGGUGGGAGGAAGAACAAUUACCUCAAGCAGUUCGUCUUUAAGUAUUUACCCACAGUCUAACUUCCGGCUUGCAGUUUAGGUUAGGUCCACAAGCCAUGCUUAUGUAUUAUAGCAAUGGAGGUGUCUGGAAUAAAAGUUGACGAGUCCAUCCUAAGAUCAUAGGCCCAUCCUAAAAGGCUUCAUAGUUGACUAUUUCCACUUAAGAUCAUUACUUUCUUAAUAGGCCCAUCCUAAACGGUAGCUAAUUACUAGUAAGGCCGUUACCAGUAGGUUUCGGUGUAAAUAAAGAAAAUAGUUUUUUUUUUUUUUUUGAAACACAAAUAAAGAAAAUAGUUAAACAAGAUUACUUAAGCUUUAACAUUUUUCUCUGUUUAAACCAGUGCAUACGAAGAUCUGGGCUUUAAGAGCUAUAAUGGGCUUUUUAGUUUUUUGCAGUGAGAAAUAAUUGAAGGCUUUAAAUUUGAUCUGAACUGGACCAGGUUCGAAUCGGUUUCUCUAAUUUCCAUUAGCUUCAUUAGUUUCUCUUUAUACGACAAGUCUAUGUGAAAUGUGAACAAAGUGAGUAUAUGAAUAGUCUAUGUGCAGAGUGAUUAUACCAUGCAUUGCUAAUCGGCAUAUUUCCAGAUAAGAAAAUUCGGUUGGAAUGAACAAUAUUCUGGCAAUUGCAUUGGAAUGAACAACAAUCUGGCAAUGUCAUAUCCUAUGAACAAAAACAAAAUACGCUUCAUAUUUAAGUAAUGAAUGAUUUUAAACUCAAAUUCUCAUUUUAUUUAACUGUUGGCUAUAAUAUAUAGAUUCUUUUGAUGAUUAUCUUUUCAAAUGGCCUGAUCAAAUUAACUAAUUUAGUACAUUUUGUGAGUUUUUAUUGAAAACUUCAGCAUUUUUUUCCAAUAGGCGUAUAUAUGAUGUUCGGUUCUUCUUUCGCAAGAAAUAUACUUGGCAAAAAAAAACUAUAACUGAAAGGAAACAGUAUACAUAUUCCUCUAAUAUCAUUUUGUUUCGUAUCAUUUGCAUUUAGAGGGAAAAAUUGGACCAUGAUGUGAACCCAAACAAAAAGAAACCAUGGGUCACGCGCAUUCAUUGUAUCUAUAUAUAGCUGUAAUCGAUUUAAAUAGAACUACUUUAAGUAUAUAGUCCAUCUACGAUCUAUCCUUAGGUACGUAGAGAUCGUCGUUCCCCUAUAUACUAGGAUAUCUAUAGUCGUCGAGGGAAUUUGUAAUAUAAAAAUUUAUAUGAAAUAUUAAAUAUAUAAAUGUUGUUAAUCUUAAUCAUCCAAACAUCUCUGAUGCAUAAUUUUAUUUUUUUACACCAAAAUAGGUUGGAGUCAACUUUUACUUCAUUAUAUUCCAUUGUGGAAUAAAAAAAAUGACUAACGAGUAAAAGUUAAUAUUAUGUUUCAUUUUUCUAACCACAAAUUAAUAUUUUGCUUCAUUUGGGAGUUGUUCAACUUUUUACUCCAUUUUGAAAAAUAAAAUAUGAUUAUAAUUUUUUUUUUAAAUUUCAUUUGGAGUAGAAAAUAGAUUGAGUUUAGAGAUAGAUGUUCAAGGUCACAAAGGAAAAAUUAUACUUAGAGAAAUUAAUCAUGUUUGUAAAGAAAACUAUCAAAUCACUUUUAUUUUAGAGUUUUUUUGUUCUUCCCUUCUAUUUUAAUUUGUCACUUUUUGUAUUUGUUGUAGGUGGAAGUUGAACUCUUAACUAAUUAGUUAUGCUUAAUAACCCACAUGAGAUGAAUUGAAACCGACUAAUUAACUUAGUUUAGUUUGGACAUGUAAAAAACUUAGUUUAGUUCGGACAAUAGUAAACAAUGGAUGAAAUGAAACGGAUUAAUUUCUUUAGCUGGAAUUUAAUUACAACUUUAAAAUGCCCGAUAUAAAUAGUUAAAUUUAUUCUAAAAAGGUUAAAUUUUAUAUAGAAAAAUUGAUAGUUCGCAACACCAACAAAGCAACGGCCCGAGAAAGACGGUAGCUUUGUGGAGACACACAAAUAAGAUAGUCGCAGGAUCAUGUGCCACGCCUACACUUUCUUUCCAAUUCCAUCUCAUUCACGCGUUCUUUUUUCAUUCUUUUGAUUAUAAAUACUCACGAUCUAAAUAAUAUCCCUUAACCUAUGCAUAGAACAUGCAUAUAAUAUCAUAAUUAAUACAUUCCACCACUAGAAGCCAAAACUAUGGUAUAUAUAGCUGUAAAAAAAUAAACUCAGUUGUACAUAGAGGAUGAGAGAAUGAAAAAUAACGGAAUCCAAUAACAAUGUCUGUAAUAAACGGACAUGAGAAUGUGAAUUAUUAUAAAGAAUAGUAUAGAUGCUCUGUAAAAUGUAGCAUUGAUAUAACGGAUGCAUAUAUGUAUAUAAAUUUUUUUUUUUUAACAAAAUAUAUAUGUAUAUAAAUAUAAUUAAGCAAAUUUGUAAUAAAGAGAGAAGAGGGCAAAACGGGGAACAUGUCACGCGGAUAGGUGUGAGAUAGUAAAUGACGUAGGUUCCGUUAUUUAAGAAC